AUGAUGGUCAACAAAAAGCAAUUGACUAUCAGGUUUCAUGUUGAUGAUGUGCUAGCGAGCCACAUGGAACAAAGAGUUCUGGAGGAUUUCUUUACAUGGAUAAAUGAGAGAUACGGAGGACUAAAGGAAGUGACUUGCACAUGUGGACGAGUUCACACCUACCUGGGAAUGACAUUGGAUUAUUCAAAGAAAGGCAAGCUGAAGAUUCAAAUGGACGAUUAUGUUCAAAGAAUGCUUGACGAGUUUUCUGUCAAGUUUAAAGUGGAUGACAAGCAGGAAACACCUGCUGGCAAUAAUUUGCUGGAGGUAGGAAAAGGAAAACUAUUGGAUAAAGAUCAACAGACCGAGUUUCACCGGUUUGUUGCAAAACAUUUGUUUUUGACCAAACGCGCGCGUCUGGAUAUGCAUCCGACGGUGGCAAUUUUGGCAUCACGAGUUCAAAACCCAAAUCAGAGUGACUGGCAUAAACUCGUGAGACUUAUGAGAUACAUGCACUCUACCAAGAAAUGGCAUCUCACGCUGAGCGCUGACAACCUUUGUGUAAUGAAGUGGUAUGUUGAUGCGUCUUUUGCGGUUCACCCUGACUUCAAGAGUCACACAGGAGGAGUGAUGACCAUGGGUGGUGGAGCCAUGCAGGCUAUGUCCAAGAAACAGAAGUUAAACAGCCGCAGCAGUACACAUGCAGAACUAAUCGGAGUAGAUGAUGCGAUCACACAAGUGUUGUGGACACGCAUGUUCAUGGAAGAACAGGGUUAUCCGAUUGAGAAGAAUAUCUUGUAUCAAGACAACAUGAGCUCUAUUCUCCUCGAAAAGAACGGGAGAUCGAGUGCAGGAAAGAGAAGCCGCGCUUUGAACAUCCGUUAUUUCUUUGUCACUGAUCAGGUUGAGAAAGGAAAUCUUACGAUCGAACACAUGCCUACUGAUGACAUGUGGGGGGAUUAUAUGACGAAACCUUUGCAAGGGGAAAAGUUCCGCAAAUUUCGGGCAUUGAUCCCGCAGCAAUCAUCUCGCGCAUAG